CGCUUCCCAGUGGCAGGCGCGGGCAGGACCGCGUUGCGUCAUCGGGGCGCGCGCCUCAGAGAGAGCUGUGGUUGCCGGAAGUUGAGCGGCGGCAAGAAAUAAUGGCGGCAGCUACGGGGGAUCCUGGACUCUCUAAACUGCAGUUUGCCCCCUUUAGUAGUGCCUUGGAUGUUGGGUUUUGGCAUGAGUUGACCCAGAAGAAGCUGAACGAGUAUCGGCUGGAUGAAGCUCCCAAGGACAUUAAGGGUUAUUACUACAAUGGUGACUCUGCUGGGCUGCCAGCUCGCUUAACAUUGGAGUUCAGUGCUUUUGACAUGAGUGCUCCCACCCCAGCCCGUUGCUGCCCAGCUAUUGGAACACUGUAUAACACCAACACACUCGAGUCUUUCAAGACUGCAGAUAAGAAGCUCCUUUUGGAACAAGCAGCAAAUGAGAUAUGGGAAUCCAUAAAAUCAGGCGCUGCUCUUGAAAACCCUGUACUCCUCAACAAGUUCCUCCUCUUGACAUUUGCAGAUCUAAAGAAGUACCACUUCUACUAUUGGUUUUGCUAUCCUGCCCUCUGUCUUCCAGAGAGUUUACCUCUCAUUCAGGGGCCAGUGGGUUUGGAUCAAAGGUUUUCACUAAAACAGAUUGAAGCACUAGAGUGUGCAUAUGAUAAUCUUUGUCAAACAGAAGGAGUCACAGCUCUUCCUUACUUCUUAAUCAAGUAUGAUGAGAACACGGUGCUGGUUUCCUUGCUUAAACACUACAGUGAUUUCUUCCAAGGUCAAAGGACGAAGAUAACAAUUGGUGUAUAUGAUCCCUGUAACUUAGCCCAGUACCCUGGAUGGCCUUUGAGGAAUUUUUUGGUCCUAGCAGCCCACAGAUGGAGUAGCAGUUUCCAGUCUGUUGAAGUUGUUUGCUUCCGUGACCGUACCAUGCAGGGGGCGAGAGACGUUGCCCACAGCAUCAUCUUCGAAGUGAAGCUUCCAGAAAUGGCAUUUAGCCCAGAUUGUCCUAAAGCAGUUGGAUGGGAAAAGAACCAGAAAGGAGGCAUGGGACCAAGGAUGGUGAACCUCAGUGAAUGUAUGGACCCUAAAAGGUUAGCUGAGUCAUCAGUGGAUCUAAAUCUCAAACUGAUGUGUUGGAGAUUGGUUCCUACUUUAGACUUGGACAAGGUUGUGUCUGUCAGAUGUCUGCUGCUUGGAGCCGGCACCUUGGGUUGCAAUGUAGCUAGGACGUUGAUGGGUUGGGGCGUGAGACACAUCACAUUUGUGGACAAUGCCAAGAUCUCCUACUCCAAUCCUGUGAGGCAGCCUCUCUAUGAGUUUGAAGAUUGCCUAGGGGGUGGUAAGCCCAAGGCUCUGGCAGCAGCGGACCGGCUCCAGAAAAUAUUCCCCGGUGUGAAUGCCAGAGGAUUCAACAUGAGCAUACCUAUGCCUGGGCAUCCAGUGAACUUCUCCAGUGUCACUCUGGAGCAAGCCCGCAGAGAUGUGGAGCAACUGGAGCAGCUCAUCGAAAGCCAUGAUGUCGUCUUCCUAUUGAUGGACACCAGGGAGAGCCGGUGGCUUCCUGCCGUCAUUGCUGCAAGCAGGAGAAAGCUGGUCAUCAAUGCUGCUUUGGGAUUUGACACAUUUGUUGUCAUGAGACAUGGCCUGAAGAAACCAAAGCAGCAAGGAGCUGGGGACUUGUGUCCAAACCACCUUGUGGCAUCUGCUGACCUCCUGGGCUCAUCGCUUUUUGCCAACAUCCCUGGUUACAAGCUUGGCUGCUACUUCUGCAAUGAUGUGGUGGCCCCAGGAGAUUCAACCAGAGACCGGACCUUGGACCAGCAGUGCACUGUGAGUCGUCCAGGACUGGCCAUGAUUGCAGGAGCCCUGGCCGUGGAAUUGAUGGUAUCUGUUUUGCAGCAUCCAGAAGGGGGCUAUGCCAUUGCCAGCAGCAGUGACGAUCGGAUGAAUGAGCCUCCGACCUCUCUUGGGCUUGUGCCUCACCAGAUCCGGGGAUUUCUUUCACGGUUUGAUAAUGUCCUUCCCGUCAGCCUGGCAUUUGACAAAUGUACAGCUUGUUCUUCCAAAGUUCUUGAUCAAUAUGAACGAGAAGGAUUUAACUUCCUAGCCAAGGUGUUUAAUUCUUCACAUUCCUUCUUAGAAGACUUGACUGGUCUUACAUUGCUGCAUCAAGAAACCCAAGCUGCUGAGAACCUAAAGUCUGCGGCUUAUUCCUAAUGUGGAAAAUGGAAUAAUCCCCCAGGCAUGAGAAGAACUCCAGCAUUGAGGCUGCUGUUCCUGUAGCGAGAAGCUGCUGCAGACAUCACAAGACUUGUUAUACAAGGAAACAUGAUUACAGUGGAUUAAAGAAACUUGCCAGGGGCUUGAAGGAUUUAUUGCUUUUUGAAUUCUGAAUGAGACAUAAAUAUGUUUUUCCCCUCUUAAUUUUGGACCCCAUACGGAUAAGGUGAGAAACUUCUUCAGCAAAUUCUAGAAUGCUUAGCUGCUAAAGAUCAGUUGGUUUUGUGUCCACGUCAUAUUGCAAAGGGCAUGAAUACUUGCUUGGCAGAGACACAAAACAGUCACUCAUUUCUUUCUGUUCUGCCAAGUUAGUUACUGCCUUGUCUCCCAGUGGGAGAAAAAUGUAACUCCUUGGGGACUCUUCUGGAAGGCAGCAUGGUGUAAUGGAAAAAGCACUGUAGUCACAGGCACGAGGCCUAGACUACAGCGUCCGUGCUUAUAAGUUCCAUUAUUUACAACAGGUUUCUUAAACUCUGUAAGCCUUUGUGCUCUUACUGUUCUUUUCUGAAAAAGCAGUUCUCAGAGGGUUGUAUGAAGGAUUAUAGCACCUUUAUGUUCAAUAUCAUCUAUAGAAACUCAAUUGUUGGAUGCAUUAGCAUCAGAAUGACAGCUUGUAGUACACUCAUUUGUGUUCACAGAUCUCAGAAAUGUUUAUGUCCUAAAUGGAGGGACUUUUAAAAAUAAUGAUGGAGCUGGGCAUGGUGGCACACACUUCUAAUCCCAGCACUUUGGGAGGCCGAGGCGGGCAGAUCACCUGAGGUCAGGAGUUUGAGAUCAGCCUGACUAACAUGGUGAAACCCCAUCUCUACAAAUACAAAAAAUUAGGUGUGGUGGCGGGCGCCUGUAAUCCCAGCUACUUGGGAGGCUGAGGCAGGAGAAUCACUUGAACCCAAGAGGCAGAGGUUGCAGUGAGCUGACAUCAUGCCAUUGCACUUCAGCCUGGGCAACAAGAGUGAAACCCCAUCUCAGAAAAAACAAAAAAAAAAAACAAAAAAAACUGAUGGCUUCUUAACCCUGUCACUUCUGCAGAUUCUUUGGUUUCUCAGGAAGCCAAAGAGAUAGCAUGGGGCAGUGGUUAGUAACAACUCUGGAGUCAGACAAACCUGAGUUUAAAUUCACUACUUAUUAGCUGGGAAGUCUUUGAACAACUCACCUAACCUGUUGUUCUCAUUUUCCUAAUCCGUAAAAUGGACAUAAAAUAUUACCUCAACCAUGUUUCGUUUUGUUUCGUUUUGUUUUGAGAUGGAAUCUCCCUGUGUCACCCAGGCUGCGGUGCAAUGGCACGAUCUCGGCUUACUGCAACCUCCGCCCCCCAGCUUCAAGCGAUUCUUCUGCCUCAGCCUCCCGAGUAGCUGGGAUUAUAGGCAUCCACCAUCAUGCCUGACUAAUUUUUGUAUUUUUAGUAGAGACGGGGUUUCACCAUGUUCGCCAGGCUGGUCUUGAACUCCUGACCUCAGGUAAUCCACCUGCCUUGGCCUCCCAGAGUGCCGGGAUUACAGGUGUGAGCCAAUGCGCCUGGCCCUGUUUUUUUAUUCCUUUGUCCUGUUUCCUAUGUGGCACUUAUCACCGUUUGGCAUUAUUAUGUAUUUGUGUUCUGUCUACCACCCCAGCCCCACUCAAAUAUAAUCCCCAUAAAGGCAAAGACAUUAUAUGU